ACCCCACCCAUCCAAGCACCAAGAGCUGCUCCAAGCCACAAUCCACAACGAGCCACAACAAAUCCUCUUCCAAGUUAUCAUACAAACUCCAUUCUGAGCACCCUGCAAAUAGCGGCGCCAUACCAGUACCACUUGGUUCUUGGCUCUGUUGGUUUUGGCGUUGAAAUUUAUGGAAGAACCCGGUGGCUAGCCCAGGCAAUCAACAGGCUACAUACCCCAGGAAAUCGCACCAUACUAUCAUCAUCAUGAAAGCUCAGGAUGAUCCAUCUCGAUCGUCGUCGCCGGAGGGAGAGGAAGAUGCGAUCAUGCCCGUGAAAGACAGCCCCGAUUCAGAGUUCCAUCGGAGAGGUUCUGUUGACACAUCUUGCAUUCGCCACAACGCUCAUGUGAACCAUCGAAGUACUCGCGAAGUCAGUCCUCAUCGUGGCAGCACCAUGGUCAGCACACUGAACAGCCGCAAUACUGCUAUAAUGCAAGAUGAUUCUGAAGCCGCCAAGUUAGUGGAUAACAGGCCUUCCUUUGUACUAAGGUCCCUGACCGGUGACCUGGAUGACAUUGUCAACGAUGUGGCACGAAGAGCAGGACGGCACAAAGCGCGCAAAGAUAAACCUCCAUCUCCGACUCUCAACCGUCAAAUCACGCCCAAAGAUGGACUCAAGCCAGUUCGGGUCUCUCGAGUUUUCCGCGUCAAAAAAGAAGGAUAUGAUGGCGGUCCUAAAAGUCCCGUCCCUCCGGAUAGCACGGAAACGAGUGUCUCCAGCGGCAACAACAGCCCCCUUGGCUUCCAGGACCCUCAGGAUCAAAUUCCACUACUGCCUGCACAACAGCAGCCCGUCUUGAAACGCACAUCCACGGUCGACAGUCGCAAUCGCUUCAUCAAAAUGUUGGAAUCCAAGACCCUCACCAGUUUCCGACACCUCAACCAUCGGAUGGUAGCAAACAACAAACCCCGCACCUACAUGAGUCGGCUCUUUGUCACCUUCCAAGAUUGCCUCGAAAAGCUGGAGGCCCAAAACACCAAUGCUUCCAAGUUGGAGUCCAUGGCCAUUCUCAUCCAUGAAUGCAUGUCUGGGGAUAGCCGCAAUUAUCACUCGGUCCAGCAUGUCUUUGACAUCAGCGACGACUUUUCCGAAGAUGAUCCAAUUGCUGUGCUGGCUGCCAUGUUUCAUGACUGUAUUUACUAUAAUGUUGAUGGAGGUUUGAAUGAGCACCAAAAGCAAGUCCUCCAUGGCUGUUUCCAACCGGACGAACCGUCUUCCCCACAGAGCCAAACCAGCACAAGUGCCCCACAGAUGAUCUGCCGGGCGCAUCAGGCUUGCCAUGCAGAUAGUGCUCUCCGCAUGGUAGAAACCAUUUUUGGAUAUGAACAUGGAGAGGAAAUCACUGCGCAAAAGGGCCUCAAUGAGUUCCUGAGUGCAGUGGUUGCCGUCAGACAACUGGGGGAUCAUAUCACAACGGCACAGUGUGCCAAAAUUGCCUGCUGCAUUGCAGCUACCAUACCCUUUCGCAAUAAGCCAAUUGAAGGAGAGAAGACCCACAUGGAGAAGUUGUACGAGAACAUGGUGGAAGCAAAUGCCCUUUUCAAACUCGAAAGGAGUGAGGAAGAACUAGUGAAAGAUGUUCAGCGGGCAGCCAAGGUUGCCAAUUCUGACAUUGGCAAUUUUGGAUCAGAUGACAUCUACCACUUUCUGGAUAACACUUGGAGCUUGCUCACUGAAACCAACACCACCCUCAGACGGAGCUUCUUAUUCACAGUCAUGGAGUUCCAGCACUCUCUCUACAAAAUGAAUGGGUUCUUCAACUUCCUCGAUCCAGCAGCAAUCUUUGCCACCUUCCAGAAUGAUCCUCCCAUGGAAGAACUUGCUAAACUCACUGAACAAGCGCGUUCCAAUCUGGAAAUUGGGCAGAAAUAUGUUGGUGCCAAGCUCCUGUCUGCCAGUGUCCUUGCUGCAUUCGCAGCUCUCACAGGAGGGGAUGCUCCUUUGAGUUUGUUUGUGGGAGACUUACCUUCCCGGCAUCAUCAGUCACAGUCUAUCAAUGAUGCACUUCCUGGUGUAAAAGACAAUCCUUUUUUCAAUGCCAGUGACGAAGAAGAUGUGAAAGACCAUUUGGAUAUGACAACUUACCAAAUCCUGUCUGGUGGGAGGCGGUCUGAAACCAGUUUUGAUGUCAAGCAAUCUCCACUUGGAGCGUUCUUGUACGCUGUUGUGGGUGACCGGGGCUUGAACAUGAUUCUGGAGCACAAAGAACUCUAUCCCAUGACAGAAGAGAAUGCAAUUGCAUUGUUAUCUUGCUUACCCAGGGAAGUCACCAGAUAUCUUGCCAAAUCCAUUGCUUGCGUGGCUGUCAGUCGAACAGAUGCCAUCAUGGAGGUUGUGGAUAGCUUGCCUGCCAGGAGCUAUGGAAGAGCUAGCAUGACUGGAAGCACCCCCCAAACCGUCACCAUUACUGAGGGGGAAGAACUGGAUAUGGAUGACGCUAGAUAAUGAUGGGGUUGCUGGUUGUGGUGAAUGGCAGCAGUGGCACAUUUCACAGCAGGCAAAAGUUUACAAGACAACAUUCAAUCAACAAGGCAAGAAAGGGUGGGGCGAAACACAACACCAAGCACAAAUAGCUACCUUCAGAGUGCUUUUAGAACACCGCAGCUAGCAAGGCAAGCAGCCCACGCAGAGGGCAUGUAGGGAUCCUUUUAGAACACAAAUUUCAGCACAUUUGAACAUUGAAGGUCUGAAUGGUGAUGAUUGGCAGCUAACAUGAUUAAAGGCCAAACUUAGAUUCGU